AUCUCUACAAAGAUGUGAUGCUGGAGACCUACAGGAACCUCACUACUAUAGGAUGCAUUUGGGAUGACCAUAAUAGUGAAGAACAUUGUCAAUGUUCUAGAAGACAUGAAAGGAUUAAAAGAAUUCAAACUGGAGAGAAACUUUCAGUAUAUCUUCAGUGUGGUAAACCCUUGACAUAUGACAGUCACCUUAAAUGGAAUGAAAGAACAAAGACUGGAGAGAAACCCUAUGAAUGUAAUCAGUGUGGUAAGGUCUCUUCAGGUCACAGUAAUCUACAAAAGCAUAAAAGGACACGUACUAGAGAAAAACCCUAUGGAUGUUAUCAGUGUGAUAAGGCUUUUGAGUGUCACAGUGAUCUUCAAAGGCAUGAAAGAACACACACUGGAGAGAAACCUUAUGAAUGUAAUCAGUGUGGAAAGGCCUUUGCACAGCAAAGUGGUCUUCAAAAGCAUCAAAGAACACAUACUGGAGAGAAACCCUAUAAAUGUAAUGAGUGUGGGAAGGCCUUUGCAGCUCACAGUAAUCUUCAAAGUCAUAAAAGGACACAUACUGGGGAGAAACCCUAUAAAUGUAAUGAGUGUGGGAAGGCCUUUGCAGUCCACCGUACUCUUCAAUUGCAUCAAAGAACACAUACUGGAGAGAAACCCUAUGAAUGUAAUCAGUGUGGGAAGGCCUUUGCACAGCACAGUGGUCUUCAAAGUCAUAAAAGAACACAUACUGGAGAGAAGCCUUAUGGAUGUAAUCAGUGUGGAAAGGCCUUUGCAGAGCUGAGUGGUCUACAAAAUCAUAAAAGAACACAUACCGGAGAGAAGCCCUAUGAAUGUAAUGAGUGUGGUAAGGCCUUUGCAGUGCACCGUACUCUUCAAUUGCAUCAAAGAAGACACACUGGAGAGAAGCCCUAUGAAUGUAAUCAGUGUGGGAAGGCCUUUGCACAGCACAGUGGUCUUCAAAGUCAUAAAAAAACACAUAUUGGAGAGAAACCUUAUGAAUAUAAUCAAUGUGGUAAGGCCUUUGCAGAGUGCUUUGCAAUUGCAUAAAAGAUCACACUGGAAAGAAACCCUAUGAAUGUAAUCAGUGUGGUAAGGUCUUUGCAGCUCACAGUAAUCUUAAGAGGCUUACAAGAUCUCACUCUAGGUAGAAACCCUAUGAAUGUAAUCAGAGUGAUAAGACCUUUCCUGGCCAUUGUAUUCAUCAAGUGCAUAAAACAUACUGGAGAGAAACCCUAUUAUCAUAAUCAGUGUGGUAAGGCCUUUGCACAUCACUGUCAUUUUCAAAGGCAUAAAAUAACACACAGUAGAGAGAAACCCUUUGAUUUUAUUCAGUGUGCUAAGACCUUUGCAGAUCACAGUAAUAUUUACAGGCAUACAAAAACACAUGCUGGUGAGAAACAGUACGAAUGAAAUCAGUGUGAUAAAGCCUUUUCAUGUCUUAUUCAUCUUCAAAUGUACAAAAGUACAUAUUCAGGAAAGAAACUGUGAGUAUAAUUUGUGUGGUAAAUCCUUUGUUACAAUAAUCUCCAACUACAUGAAAUAAACCCUUCUGGAGAGAAACUAUGAAUUUAAUGAGUGUAGUUUUCAAAAUCAUGAGAAAAAUCAUAUUGUAGUGAAACUCUUAAAUUAAUUCAGUGUGCUAAAGUUUUCUACUUUAUACUGGAGUAAAACUUUUUGGUAAUCAGUCUGAUAAUGCUUUUUCAUAUUACAGUAGUCUUUGGGUACCUGAAGAAGAAAUUGAGGGUUUAUUCUAAAUUAUUUUUUUAAAUUUAUUUAUUUAUUAUGUAUACAAUAUUCUGUCUGUGUGUAUGGCCAGAAGAGGGCACCAGACCCCAUUACAGAUGGCUGUGAGCCACCAUGUGGUUGCUGCGAAUUGAACUCAGGACCUUUGGAAGAGCAGGCAAUGCUCUUAACCACUGAGCCAUCUCUCCAGCCCUCUAAAUUAUUUUUUAAGACAUUAAGCCAAUACACUUAAAGUCAGUUAAUCAACAUUUAUUCUGUAGAGAAAAAUUGAUAGUGUCAAUGAUCUGUUCAAGCAUUAUGAUACCUCCUUAUUUUUUUUGCACCAGCAAACUGAUGGCCAAAACUUAAUUUAUGAAUAUAUGAAGUCUUAUGGGUAGGAGAAAGGUCCUUUCAAAGAAACAUACCCUGGUCCUGAAAUGAAAUCCAAAGGAAACACUUUGCCGGGCGGUGGUGGCGCACGCCUUUAAUCCCAGCACUCGGGAGGCAGAGGCAGGCAGAUCUCUGUGAGUUCCAGACCAGCCUGGUCUACAGAGCUAGUUCCAGUACAGGCUUCAAAGCCACAGAGAAACCCUGUCUCGGAAAAAAAAAAAAGAAAAAGAAAGAAACAACAUCACCCCCAAAACAGAGCCAAAUGUUAAAAAGUGCCAGUGUAGGAAAUAUACUUUGAAUCUUAAACCAGAGUCAAAGAAACACACUCUACUCUUGUCCAACUGAACACAAAACCAAUCCCAGAGCUCAAAAUCUAGUGCUGGAAAUAUUUUAAAGUCUAUUUAUAUCAGUUUGGAGUCUGAAAUAGGCACAAACUCAUAAAGAAGAAAUCCCUAUUCAUGAAAACAGUUUGUUAAUGAAUUUAGAUUUCACAGUUGUCUUUAGAUUCAAGAAUAAUUGUUUCUCUUCAUAGCCUUAAAGUAAGCAAAUUAUGUACCAUGUUUACUCCAGACUGGUGGAGGAGAUCAUGGCAGUGUGGUUUCUAUUUUGAAACAUGAGAUAGUCACUAAAGUGUGCUCUGUUUGUGGCAAAUCCAUUUAGUGAAGUUUAUUUUGUAGUCCUUAUAUUCCUUCUGUGACUUUUGUUCAGCUUCUGUUGUGCCUGUACCUAGUGAUAUGUAUUUUUCUGCUGUAACGUAUAUAAUGGAGCCCCCAUCAUAUAAUUGUCCCAUUGGUUAUUGAAAUGUCAGACCAUGUUUGAUCAUACUUUUCAAGUAAGGGUGGUGGUUAGUUGCUCCUAGUUGAGUCUCAUCUUUUCAAAAAUUUCCUUGAGAUUUGUUGUUUGUUAUUUGUCUUAGCUUGGAUGUCAGCAAUGAUUUAGGUAUGCAUUUGAACUCAUGAUGCUUAUGUGUUUUCCUCUUGAGUACAACAAAUCCAAGGGUAGGUGAUGAACUCCCAAUGUGUGCUGUUUCUUCAAGAGAUUUAACAAUGUUAAUGUUAAAAAGACUGAUAAAAGAAAUUAUAAGAAACAUUAAAUAUCUCAUGUAUGUAUUCAAAGAAAUAUUUUCAUUUAUCUGAUAUAGAUGUAGUAAAGUAUGAUAGUCAGCCAUCAACUGUGUAUCUAAUACCAAAGUUUGAUGUUCUAUAGGGAUUUAGGUUAGUUUUAUUGUCUUGCACAAAACAGUCUUUUUCCACUGAUCCAUCUCACUGGUGCUCAACUUCAACUUGAAGAAAUAUUACAACAGUAAAAUUUGUUCAUUUUGAUGACUAGACAUUUAUAACAGUUUCUCAGAACCAAAAUUAUAUGCCAGAGAAUUGUCUCAUUUAGACAAAUAAAUAAAUAGGGAAUAGAGAUUGAGGAAGACCUUUCAUAUCAACAUUUGGCCUUCAGACACAAAUGCUACACAGCACUUGGUGGGCCAGUCUUGAGAUUACACAAAAUUGUGUCAAAAACUAAACCAAAACCACACAGUGACAACAACAACAAAACAGAAGUUGUGAAGGGCUAAGAAGACAGGUAAGCUAGUCUUGUGAGCUUAAGGAUCUCAAUUUGAGCCCCAAAAUUCAUUUUGAGAAGAAAAAGAAAAAAAGGUAUGGUCACAAGCAAUGGGACUGGGACAUGUAGACAAAUGGGUACCUUGUCUUGUUAGUUAGCUAGACUAGUGUUUUUGAAAAGUUACAGAGCAAUCAGAGACUCUAUCUCAAAAGAAAGAAAAUAAAACUU